UCCGAUAACCGGUUCCAUAUCUUUCCAGGCGAUGGGAAUUUAAAGCCCACAGUUUACCCAUAUCAUUGACAUUCGUCAGAACACCGUUGACAAACAAAGCAAGCAUAAUGUUCGAUCCGUUCGUGCUGGCGGCACUCAUCGCCGGGAUCUUCUUCCUCUUCUACCAGUUCAUCAACCGCAAGUAUCAAUUCUUCGCGGAGCGUGGCAUACCGUACGUGAAGCCCACGUUCCUACUCGGCAAUGGUGCCUCGGUACUGCUGAAAAGGGAAAACAUUAUGCAGAAUAUGCCGAAGAUGUACAACAGCCACCCGAAUGCCAAGAUCAUUGGACUGUUCGAUUUCGUCAAACCGACCAUGAUGAUCCGCGAUCCGGAUGCGAUCAAGCAGAUCGGAGUCAAAGAUUUCGAUCACUUUAUCGAUCAUGCGCCACUGUUUACGCAAGCGGACCGUGACGAUGUGGGCACGGAAAGUCUGUUCGGGAACUCACUGGUUGCCCUGCGAGGACAGAAGUGGCGGGACAUGCGGGCGACACUGAGUCCGGCCUUCACCGGAAGCAAGAUGCGUUACAUGUUCGAGCUGGUGCUGGAUUGUGCCCAAUCUACGACGGAAUUCUUCCGCGAAGAAGCCAAGGCCGGUCGGACGAUGGAAUACGAGAUGAAAGACUUGUUUUCACGGUUCAGUACGGACGUAAUCGGCUCGGUAGCGUUCGAUAUCAAGAUGGAUUCCCUGCGGGAGCAGGAUAACGAUUUCUUUGUGAAGGGAAAGGCGAUGCUGAAUUUUCAGAAUUUGAGAACGCUGGUGAAGAUCAUCUUACUACGGGUAGCACCGAGUUUGAUGAAUCGGUUGAAGGUGGACAUCUCGAGUUCCAAGAUGAACGCGUACUUCAAGGGCAUGAUUUUGGAUAACAUGAAGCAAAGGAAGGUGCACGGCAUAGUGCGUAACGACAUGAUCAACAUCUUGAUGCAGGUUCAGGAGGGCGCUCUGAAGCACCAGAAGGACGAACAGGAUGCGAAAGACGCAGGUUUUGCCACUGUUGAGGAGUCGAGCGUUGGAAAGUCUAUUCACAGUCACGUUUGGUCUGAGAACGAACUCGUUUCGCAGUGCUUCCUGUUUUUUCUAGCUGGCUUUGACACCAUGUCAACUUGCUUGACGUUCUUGAGUUACGAACUGCUGGUCAAUCCAGACAUUCAGCAGAAACUGUACGAAGAGAUUAUGGCCGUUGAGGACUCGCUGAACGGAAAACCUCUUUCCUACGAAGUUCUUCAGAAGAUGCAAUACCUAGACAUGGUCGUAUCGGAGACGCUACGCUUAUGGCCACCGGCUCCGUUCACCGAUCGCUACUGCGUCAAGGACUACGUGUACGACGACGGUCAGGGAACGAGAAUCUCGAUUAACAAGGGUCAACUCAUUUGGUUCCCGAUUACGGCUCUGCACCACGAUCCUAAAUACUUCCCGAACCCGAACAAGUUCGAUCCGGAGAGAUUCAGCGAGCAGAAUCGUAGUAAGAUCAACCCGGCGACCUAUAUUCCGUUUGGAGUUGGACCGAGAAACUGCAUCGGCUCGCGGUUCGCCCUGAUGGAGGUCAAGGCGGUCGUAUAUCAUCUGGUGAAGAACUUCACCUUGGAACGGAGCCCGAAGGCGGUAUGUGGUUGGAAUUUAAGCCACGGGCUUGACGGGGAGUUGGAUUAA